AUGUCACCGGAUCUGUCUCAUUUCAGCCCCAUUCCACAAAUGUCUGACAUGUAAUAUUUUCAUCUAUAAAUGAACAGCGUUUGUGAAAAGUACCAAACGCGGAAGCUUUGUGGUUACUGUUGGCCAGUGAGAUUUUCUGGAAACAUGUAUAUUAAUGGAAGUUGUAGUGAGGUGACCUUGGGUUAAGCAUUUCACGUGUGACCCUACCUUGAUCCAACACCAAGAACCACAAGGCAGGAACCUGAAGGUGCCUGAAUUACACGAUGGCCAUGUCCAACCUGGAGAUGCAGCUGCACAGUGCACAGAAGAACCUGCUCUUCCUGCAACAGGAACACGCCAACACGCUGAGGGGCCUGCACUCCGAGAUACGCAAACUGCAGCAGCAUUGCUCCGACCUGGCCUUUGAACUGACCAUGAUGUCACCACAAUCAGAGCAGACAGGGAACGGUGACUCAAGAAGUGAGGAAUUGAGGGAAAAAUAUGAAGAGCUGGAAUCCCAGCUAAAAGCUAAAGAAGAUGAAAAUAAUGAAUUGAUGAAGGAUUUGGAGAAGAAGAAUGCAGUAAUCAUGGUGCUGGAGAACACGAUGAAGGAGCGAGAGAAGAAGUACCUGGAGGAGCUGAAGAUGAAAAGUCACAAGCUGAGCAUGUUGUCCAGUGACCUGGAACAGAGGGCCAGCACCAUUGCCUACCUCACCUCCCAGCUACAUGCCACCAAGAAGAAGCUGAUGGCAUCGGGCAGUGGGGCUACAGACACCUCGUCCACUGCGAGCUCUGCCUCCAGCAAUUAUAAGCCAUCACCGCCCAGAGACAAGAUGCCAGAAACCCCACGCCGUAGAAUGAAGAAGAGUCUUUCUUCUCCUUUGAACAGCGAGUUUGCAGAGGUCUACAGACUUGGGACUGAUGGACGAAAGCUAGUUCUGCGAUCUGAGCCAAUGGAUGCCAUGCCAGACCCAACACCCUUCCUCCAGGGGAGGGGAGAGUGCGACGUACACUUGAUGAAGGAGAAGCCUUUACCUAUUCCACCCAUUCCUUCAGAGCGAGGCUGUGUGGAACAGUCGAGCCCUGGCAGAGACAAGCCGCACAAGUCUCACCACAUAUCCCACCGAAUGGCCAAGGCACAGGCUGAGGCUGCAGUGGAAAUGCUGGCAGUGGACCAGGUCAAUGAUGGCAAGGUGGUUAGGAAGCACUCGGGCACAGACAGAACUGUGUAAAGGACUGCUUUACUUGGCUUGUUGCUUUUAUAGCUGUGCACAAAAUAUAGACAAAAACUUCACGCAGCAUUUUUUUUAAAUUUUGUUUUUAAUGAGAGGAAAUACAAAUGCCAAACUAACAGUUUAUGGGAAAGCAAACCCAUCACGUCUCCUGAAUUUCUUUUUGUGUCGUAGUUAAUUGUUGGCCCAAUGUAUAACCUGCUGCUUGCUUCUACCAGUAAUCUAAUUGCACUAGUGGUUUGAGAAAAACACAACCACACUUGCUGUUGCACUAAGCAGCUGUAAUCACUGAAAGAGAAGGUACCUUUGGUAUAAACACUACUAUCGCACACCAUUUGCAGCUAUAAACAAAACUGUUAUUCUUUCCAAUAAUAUUAAUGGUGGAAGGCCCUGGUUAGAUGAAGGUCUGUGACAUUGCGUGUUGUGCAUCUGUUGACAAAGCCCAGCUAGCAGCAUGUGAAACAUCCAUCGCCUGUCUAUGUACACUGGAACAGCUGCAGAAUUCAGGUCAUUGCAUUUAUACAAAGUUUGAUUUUGUAAUCCAAUUAAAUGAUUAUUGAUGAUCUGA